AUGUUCGUCCCCAGGGCUGUCUCCAAGAGCCUGGGGCUGCCUCGCAAGGACGCAUCUCUUCACUGGAUGUCAGCUACCAAGUUCCUGAGUCAGUGUGAAGCCAGUGCAGAUGACUACCUGGUUGUUGGGGUCCCAGUCAACGCUGGCAAAUAUACCUACCAGGCAGUGAAGUCAGAGCAAGGCAGGCCCACAGGACACACUGGGUUUGGAAGAGGAAAGGAAAGGCAGAGUUGCAUCACUUCAAGGGACAGAGGGACUUCUGCAGAGGCCAAGGAAGCCGCUUUGGCAGCCCAGGGGACCCUGUCGAGAGCAGAUGAGCUGGCGGGCGCGGUGGCGAUCCUGAAGAUGCCUCUGAGCUUCGCGAUGGGACUGCACCAUGCUCACCUGCAGCCUUCGCUCGCCUUCCUGUGGCUCUGUCUUUCUCCUUCCGUGCAGAGAAAGAGGCACAAAAGGCCAAAAUAUCUCCAGGCCUACGAGCCUGUAGGGCAGUUCCACCAAGCCGCCAGCGAAGGCUCAGUAGAGACAGUGAGGUGUCUGCUGAGGAGCGGACUAUUCAGCGUCAACGACACCGACGUACAGAACAGAACUGCUCUGCAUUACGCGUGUGCCUAUGGCCACAGGGAAGUGGUCCAUCUGUUACUCGACUACGAAUGCACCAUCAGUGUCUUCGAUAACGAGCAGUGCACUCCACUUAUCAAGGCCAGCCAGCGGGAGUUUCAUUUGUGUGUCGAUACCCUGCUUACACAUGGAGCUGAUCCGAACGACGCAGACAUGUACGGGAACACCGCGCUGCAUUACGCAGCUCUGAAUGAUGACUUAGAACUGGCAGAUCUACUGCUUGCCUACGAUGCAAAUAUCGAGGCAAAAACAAAGGAAGGCUUCACGCCAUACCUCCUUGCUCUACAGGAAAACAAAGAUUUUAUAGCAGAAUUUUUGGAACACAUGGGCGCAGAUAUACAUGCGGAGGAGCUGCUGGAUAGGAAACACCGUAAAAUGCACCGCAGGAGGAUGUGUAAGCAUACAGUGCGACGUCGAGAAGCAGCUCGCAGUACUUCUCCGAGCUUCUAUCGCAGGGCGACCAACAGAGGUGCUCGUGAUUCUGAAACUGAAAGAGACGAGCAAGACAAUGACUUCAAUGCCCAGGUUGAACGAGUGAGGAAGAAAUGCUUACUUAAGGAACUGACAGGCUCAGAGAAGUUACAUCGUAGAGCCGCAGCUACUGUUUCUGCUGCUGCCGACCCUGCUGCCCCUGGUUCUGGUAGCGCAGCUCCUGCCUCCUCUGCCGCUGCUGCUGAUGGCACUGAUCCUCCUGUUCCUGCUACUCCUGCCCCUCCUGCUUCUCCUGCCCCAACUUCUACUCCUGCCACUACUAUCCCUGAUGUUGACCCAUUCGAUUCUCCUGCUCCUUCUGCUUGUGAUACUCUGGAUGGUUCUGAUGCUCCGGAUGCACCUCAUAUUCCUGAUGGUACCGAUACUCUGCAUGGUCCUGAUUCUCCAGAUGGUCCUGAUUCUCUGGAUGUUCCCAAUCCUCUGCAUGAUCCUGAUACUCCCACUGACCUUUCUGCUCCUGCUGAUCAUGCUCCCCUUUCUUCUCCUAUAUAUCUGCACCUGCUCUUCCUCCUCGUCUUGCUUGUCUUCUUCCACCUGCCCCUGCCAUUCCUCAUGCCCCUGUUGUUCCUGCUGCUCCUAGUGAUGCUUUGUCCUUACCGUCCUCAUGCUCCCCUUGCCUCAUCUGCACCGGACACUGCUGAUGGUCCGGACACUUAUGAUGGUCCAGAUACUCCUGAUGGUGCAGACACUCCUGAUGAUCCAAACACUACUGAUGGUCCGAAUAUCACUGAUGGUAAUGAUAGUCCCAAUGGUCCAGACAAUUCUGAUCGUCCAGCUAAUGCUGAUGGUCCAGACACUCCAGAUGGUCCGUACAUUCCUGAUGGCUUGGACACUUCUGAUGGCCCAGUAUUUCCCGAUGGUUCAAAAUAUCCUGAUGUUCCAGACACAGCUAAUGGUCCAUAUACUUCUGAUGCUCCAGAUAGUACCAAUGUUUCAGAAUAUCCUGAUGGUCUGGUCACUCAUCAUGGUCCAGUAACUUCCAAUGCUUCAGAUAACCCUGAUCUUCCAGUCACUCCUGAUGGUCUGGACGCUUGUGAUUGUCCAGAUACUAUUAAUGAUUCAGACAAUACGCAUGGUCUGGUCACUCCUGCUGGUCCAGACACUCCUGAUGAUCUACACACUCCUGGUGGACAGGAUAGUCCUGAUAGUUCAGAUGAUCCCGAUGGUCCUAACACCUGUGAUGUUCCAGUUACUCAUGAUGGUCCGGAUAACCAUGAUGAUCCGGACACUUUGGAUGGUCCAGAUAAUACCGUUGUAUUAGAUAAUCCUGUUGGUCCAGACACUCCUGAUGUUUCGGACACUUCUGAUGGUCUGGAUAAGCCUGAUGGUCCAGAUAAUCCCGAUGGUCCAGACACUCGCGAUGGUCCAGACACUCCUCACAGUAUGGACACUUGUGAUGAUCCUGAUACUUCUGCUGUUCCCGAUACUUCUGAGGCUUCCACUACUUCUGUUGGUUUUGAAAUUUCUAAUGGUUCCAGUACAUCUGAGAAUCCCCGUGUUUCUGAUGGUCCCGAUGCUCAGGAUGGUCCUGAUUCACCUGCACCUCCUGCUGCCCUUCUUGAUCCUGCUAUUACUGUGGAUGCUGAUGUUCCUGCCCCUCGUUCUGUUCCUGCCGAUGGUCCCGCAUCUCCUAAGGCUGCUGACUAUGAUGAUGAAGAACAUGCUCUAAAAGCUGUGAAAGACGUUCCAACUAAGGAGAAAAAUGAUAAAAAUGAAAGUGCUUGUCCUUUGGAGAAAGGAAACAAACAUGAAAUUACAAAAAGUCCAUUGAAAGAAUUGGUGAGAAUACCAACACCUAAGACAUCUACUGCAGAAAUGGACACACCGAAGGGAGUGAGCGGUCAUCUCGUGUCAGAUUCCACCAUCAGAAUGGAACGUAAUAAUCAAGCAUUUUCAUACAAAUGCCUAAUGAAUGGAGCCCCCUGCCCUCUGGCAGAAGAAAAGAAAAGUGAAAAUAGCAAAUUCACUACAAGCGAAUCCGUGUCUGCAUCAACCAGCGCGGGGUCUCCUUUUGAAAUGGGGACUGUGCCCGAACCGCAAGUUGACGGCAGUCACGUGUCCGGUGAUCUACACCGAACUGGGAGAAGAAAUGAAAGAGCCUAUCCUUUGGAGAAAGGAAAUAAAAGUGCAAUUACAAAAAGUCAAUUGAGAGAAUUGGUGAGAAUACCAACACGUGAGACAUCCAAUUCAGAAAUGGACUCUCCUUACAGUCCUGACACUUCUGGUGUCCCAGAUACUCUUGAUGGUCCGGACACCCACAAUGGUCUGGACACUUGUGAUGGUCCAGAUACUACCACUCUUUCAGAUCAUCCUGAUGGUCCGUACACCUCUGAUGGUACAGACACUUCUUAUGGUCCACAUAAUCCUGAUGGUCCAGACAUUCCUGAGGGUCCGGACACUCCUGAUGGUGCGGAUAUUCCUGUUGGUUCAGAUAAUCCUCAUGAUCCGGACACUCCCGAUGGUCCAGACAUUCCUUUCAGUCUGGGCACUUCUGAUGAUACUGACACCUCUGAUGUUCCUGAUACCUCUGAGGGUCCCAUUACUCCUGUUGGUCCCAUAAAUUCUGAUGGUUGCAGUACUUCUGAGAAUCCCCGAGUUUCUCAUGGUCCCAAUGCUCAGGAUGGUCCAGAAUCUCCUGCUCCUCUUGCUGCCCUUCUGGAUCCUGCUAUUUCUGAGGAAGCUGAGGUUCCUGCCCCUCUUUCUGUUCCUGCCGAUGGUCCGGCAUCUCCUAAUGCUGCUGACUAUGAUGAUGAAGAACAUGCUCUACAAGUUGUAGAAGUCGUUCCCACUAAGGAGAAAAAUGAUAAAAAUGAAAGUGCCUGUCCUUUGGAGAAAGUAAACAAACGUGAAAUUACAAAAAGUCCAUUGAACGAAUUGGUGAGAACAUCAACACCUAAGACAUCUACUGCAGAAAUGGACACAUUGAUGGAAGUGAACGUUCAUCGCGUGUCAGAGUCCACUGUCAGAUUGGAACGUAAUGAUCAAGCAUUUUCAUACAAAUGCCUCAGAAAUGAAAGAGCCUAUCCUUUGGAGAAAGGAAAUAAAAGUGCAAUUACAAAAAGUCAAUUGAGAGAAUUGGUGAGAAUACCAACACGUGAGACAUCCACUUCAGAAAUGGACUCUCCUUACACUCCUGACUCUUCUGGUGGUCCAGAUCCUCUUGAUGGUCUGGACACGCAUGAUGGUCUGGACACUUGUGAUGGUCCAGAUACGACCACUGUUUCAGAUAAUCUUGAUGGUCCUGACAGCCCUGAUGGUACAGACACUUCUGAUGGUCCACAUAAUCCUGAUGGUCCAGACAUUCCUGAUGGACCAGACACUACUGAUGGUGCGGAUAUUCCUGUUGGUUCAGAUAAUCCUCAUGAUCCGGACACUCCAGAUGGUCCAGACACUCCUUACAGUCUGGGCACUUCUGAUGAUCCUGAUCCCUCUGAUGUUCCUGAUACUUCUGAGGGGCCCAGUACUCCUGUUGGUCCCAUAACUUCUGAUGGUUCCAGUACUUCUGAGAGUCCCCGAGUUUCUCAUGGUCCCAAUGCUCAGGAUGGUCCUGAAUCUCCUGCUCCUCUUGCUGCCCUUCUGGAUCCUGCUAUUUCUGCGGAAGCUGAUGUUCCUGCCCCUCUUUCUGUUCCUGCCGAUGGCCCCGCAUCUCCUAAUGCUGCUGACUAUGAUGAUGAAGAACAUGCUCUACAAGUUGCUAAAGUCGUUCACACUAAGGAGAAAAAUGAUAAAAAUGAAAGUGCCUGUCCUUUGGAGAAAGUAAACAAACGUGAAAUUACAAAAAGUCCAUUGAAAAAAUUGGUGAGGCCAUCAACACCUAAGACAUCUACUGCAGAAAUGGACAAAUUGAUGGAAGUGAACGGUCAUCCCUUGUCAGAGUCCACUAUCAGAUUGGAACGUAAUGAUCAUGCAUUUCCUUACAAAUAUCUAAGAAAUGAAAGGGUACACUCCCUGUACUGA